ACCGCGUGAUAGCUCGUGACUUGUAUCGAUUUUCUCGGCUUUGUCGUAGUGUUUUUUAACAUUAUGACGACAAUCCUAUAAACGACAGUUAGCUACACCUUAUCUUAAUUUUUUGAGGUGGCACAAAAAAGAGUAAAGUUGGAAUAAAUAUUUUUAAUAACUAAACAUAGUUCAAGGUUUUUCAUAAACAAAGUUUUGUGAAUCAUCAAAAAAAAAAAAUGGGCUCACUUUUUCGCAGUGAGGAGAUGACCUUGUGUCAAUUAUUUCUUCAAAGUGAAGCAGCCUAUGCUUGUGUUUCUGAACUUGGAGAACUUGGACUUGUACAAUUUAGAGAUUUAAAUCCUGAUGUUAAUGCAUUUCAACGUAAAUUUGUUAAUGAAGUACGUCGUUGUGAUGAGAUGGAACGUAAAUUACGUUAUUUGGAAAAAGAAAUUAAAAAAGAUGAAAUUCCAAUGCUUGAUACAGGAGAAAAUCCUGAAGCACCACAACCUCGUGAAAUGAUUGAUCUUGAAGCAACUUUUGAGAAACUUGAAAAUGAAUUACGUGAAGUUAAUCAAAAUGCUGAAGCUCUUAAACGAAAUUUUUUAGAGCUAACUGAGCUUAAACAUAUUUUAAGAAAAACCCAAGUUUUCUUCGACGAGCACAUGUAUUCUGAAGAAGACAUAGCUGUUGUAGGAGCGCAAUAUCGGAGUCCCCUCAGUUUCGUUGCUGGUGUUAUUCUACGAGAGAGAAUUCCAGCAUUUGAGCGAAUGUUAUGGCGAGCAUGCAGAGGAAAUGUUUAUCAAAGCUAAAUGGCAUCAUAAGUAUCAUAAAUUUAUUUUAAAUUUCAGGGUGAUAAUGUAUUUAAAUCUGUCUUCAUAAUAUUUUUCCAAGGAGAUCAAUUAAAAACACGUGUUAAAAAAAUAUGUGAAGGUUUUCGUGCAACUUUAUAUCCAUGUCCUGAGGCACCUGCUGAUAGACGUGAAAUGGCUAUGGGUGUAAUGACUCGUAUUGAAGAUUUAAAUACUGUUUUGGGACAAACUCAAGAUCAUCGUCAUCGUGUUUUAGUUGCUGCAGCAAAAAAUAUUAAAAAUUGGUUUAUUAAAGUUCGCAAAAUAAAAGCAAUUUAUCAUACAUUAAAUCUUUUUAAUUUGGAUGUUACACAAAAGUGUCUAAUUGCUGAAUGCUGGGUACCAGUACUUGAUAUUGAAACUAUUCAACUUGCUCUACGUCGUGGAACAGAACGAAGUGGAAGUUCAGUACCUCCAAUAUUAAAUAGAAUGGAAACUUUUGAAGAUCCUCCAACGUACAAUCGAACAAAUAAAUUUACAAAAGGUUUUCAAACAUUGAUUGAUGCUUAUGGUGUUGCUUCAUAUCGUGAAAUGAAUCCAGCACCAUACACAAUAAUAACAUUUCCAUUUUUAUUUGCUGUUAUGUUUGGUGACACAGGACAUGGUUUGUUAAUGUUUAUAUUUGGUGCUUGGAUGGUAUUAAAAGAAAAACCACUUGCUGCAAAAAAAUCUGAUAAUGAAAUAUGGAAUAUUUUCUUUGGAGGACGUUAUAUUAUAUUUUUAAUGGGUUUAUUUUCAAUGUACACGGGUCUUAUUUACAAUGACAUAUUCUCAAAGUCAUUGAAUAUAUUUGGCUCAAAAUGGCAUAAUAAUUAUCCUUUGAAGAACCUUACAGAAUCACAUUUUUUGGCUCUAGAUCCAGUUUAUGCUUAUGAUAAAUCACCAUAUGCAAUUGGUGUGGAUCCAGUAUGGCAAAUAUCACAAAAUAAAAUUAUAUUUCUUAAUUCUUAUAAAAUGAAAAUAUCCAUUAUUUUUGGAGUUGUUCAUAUGUUAUUUGGUAUUUUUGUUGGUCUAUGGAAUCAUCUUUACUUCAAAAAACGAAUCAAUAUUAUUUGUGAAUUUAUACCUCAAGUAAUAUUCUUAACAUUUUUAUUUGUCUACAUGACAUUACUUAUGUUGAUUAAAUGGAUUAAAUAUGGACCUGGUAAUCCAGAAAAAUCAGGACCAUAUUGUGCACCAUCUGUUCUUAUUACAUUUAUCAAUAUGAUUUUAUGUAAAGAUGGAACAUAUCCAGCAGUUUGUGGUAGUGAAUUUAUGUUUCCUGGACAAUAUUAUCUUCAAAAAUUAUUACUUGUAUUGGCUCUUUUGACUAUUCCAUGGAUGCUUUUUGCUAAACCUGUUAUGCUUAUCAAGGAAAGAAAAAGCAAACAUAUGCAAUUAAAUAAUCAUGGUACUGAAAAUGGAGAUGCUGAAGUAGGAGCUGGAACAAUUAUUCAAAAUCCUUUGGCACCAAAAGAAGAAGAAGAAGAAGAAGAAUUAAGUGAUUUAUUUAUUAAUCAAGCAAUUCAUACUAUUGAAUAUGUUCUUGGAAGUGUAUCACAUACUGCUUCAUAUUUACGUCUUUGGGCUUUAUCUCUUGCUCAUGCUCAAUUAUCUGAAGUUUUGUGGAACAUGGUGAUGAGACAAGGCUUUGGUCGUGAAGGAUCCUCCGGUGGAAUAAUGCUCUUUUUCACAUUUGGAUUUUGGGCAACUCUUACAGUUGGUAUUCUCGUUCUUAUGGAGGGACUUUCAGCAUUUCUUCAUACUUUACGUCUUCACUGGGUUGAAUUUCAAAGUAAAUUUUAUUCUGGUACGGGGUAUAGUUUUACUCCUUUCUCCUUUGAAAUAAUUUUGGAAACAGCUCAAACAACUCCUGAGGAAUAAAUUUCAACAACUACUUAUGACAAAUAUAUCAUAUUAAAUGGAACUUAAAUAAAUUAAUAAAUAAAUAAUAAUUUUGCUUCUCUAGUUGUUAGCUUACUCAAUUGUUAAUGAGUAAAAAAAAAAUAUAAAAUAAAAUUAACUAUUUGUGAUUCUGAUAAUAACGAGUUCUGAUAAUUAAUGUUUUUUUUUUCUAAAUUCAUUUGCUUUUAGAAUCAAUUUUUGAAAACACUAAUAUAUUAUUAUGUAUCGACUUGUAUUUGUGUUAAUAUAUAAUAUAUAUACUCUCUUGUAAAAGCCGUACUCCUGUAAAAGAUUACAUAAAUGGUUUUAGAUCUGUUAUUGUUGUUGCUCUCGGUGUACAUGUAUAUCCGUAAAAUAUACUAUUAUGACACUAUUGACAUUAUUGACGAUUCAAAACUUAAUAAUACAAAAUUUAUGAAUCAUGAAUAAAAAUUAAAUUAAAUGUAAAACUAUAUAAUUUGUAUUUAACUGUUAUUUUCAUUAUGUUUAUACUCUUGAAUCAACUUUGUCUUCAUAGAGUUAUAAUAUAAAAAUUGUAAUAA